AUGACGCCGAACCCUCACUCGCAAAAACAGGAAGUGACUAUCUUUCCUGCCUGGACAAUGACCCGUCUAGAGGGGAUAGUGUCUAUGGACACGGCUAAGAAACGUUUCUAUGCGAGAUGUUUGCUGGCGUCGUUAGACCCAGUUGACGAGACAAGCUCCAUCGCUCAAUUAGCCCAGUGUGGAGAUGCUCUCUGCAUCCUAGAAGACGACGAAACCGACUCUACCAUAAUGUUAACCGGCAGGCUCAUCAGUUCCCAGCAUAUCAAUAUCGAAUUGGUCAGGCAAUGGUUAUCGACGUGUGGUAGGCUGCAUCCUAUGACUUGUCGUCCGGUCUGGAAGGAAGAAAUAAAGGACAUCCUCCUUAUUAAUGUCGAGACACGGAGACUGCAAAGCCCCCAGGUUGGUGCUCGUCUGGGCAGCCUACCACAAACCAUCGAAGAUGCCGUGACUUUCACCCUACUACUCGGUAAACGCUACCUAUGGGUCGAUUCCGUGUGUAUCGAUCAAAACGACGAAGCAGAAAACCGUAAGCAGAUCGCGAGAAUGAGUACCAUCUACCGAGGUGCUGACGCAACCAUUGUGGCUUUGUCAGGUAAGGAUGCCCAGGCCGGCCUCCCUAGGUUGUCAUGGAGAAGUGCCGUAUUCCCUCAACUUAAAUGCUGGGUUGAUGGAAAGCGACUUGUUGGACUCAUGCCAACGCUUUGGCAACAAGUAUGGUUCAGUACUUGGGGCUCCAGAGCUUGGACCCUACAGGAGGCAGUCCUAUCUUCCCGCUGCCUUUACAUCAGCGAUCACCAAAUGUACUUCGAAUGUAGGGGAAUGCAAGGCAACGAGUCUCUCAAUGAAAUCAGAUCAUGGGUCCAGCAAACCACUCGGGGUGCGCAUUCCCGAAGAAAUAGGCAACUGGUAUCAAGGAUGGGUGCUGGAUUACUCAGUAGUCCUUUCAUCGAGAUCGCUCAUGAGGAAACCCGACUAGAGAAAUAUACAGUCCUGGCUUAUCUAUAUCGCUCUCGCAGGAUGACGGACCCGGACGAUGCACUUAAUGCUUUUUCCGGGAUCACACAGUAUUUAACAGAAACCGUGUACAACAAAGGCUUCGUUUGGGGUCUCCCACUCGAGGAUCUGAAUUGGGCAUGGUUGUGGAGCACAAAAGAUCCAUCAGACGACCCUUUCACAUAUUUCAUGGAGUCGAAUUCAAGCAACGCCGAUUUUGAUCUCAGCCCGAUCUCCACCUCGGAAAGCCACCAGUAUCUCUUCAUCCAUGGUAUUGUGUUUCAGCUCGUUCUUGAUUGCAAUUCGCCUCAAGGGCGUAAGUGUGACUUUUACAUGUUUGAACGUUACGAUAUGUUCAUGGCUAAUGUCAAUUGCUUGGUCACGAUUGUGAGCACGGAUCCGAUAAUUGAGGAGGCCGCUUUGCGGAACCCUGAGACUUUCCUCCUGGUGGCUCGAAAUCAAAUCAAUAAUUGGAUGUAUCUGCACCUGCUGGUAUUGCGUCAAGAAGGGGGUAUCUCGCAACGCAAGAGCGUGAUCACCCUACAGAUCCCGAAGGACAAACCUCACGUCCUGAAACACCUGGGAAUAAGGAGGGAGAAAGUCACACUUGGAUGA